AUGACGAAACAGGACGUAGAUGAAGGUUUGUAUCUCAAGCCAGGGGAAGUAGACGCUGGUACUUCAAUUAUUGCUGUACGUUUUAAAGGUGGCGUCGUGUUAGGCGCUGAUUCUCGUACAUCUACGGGCACAUAUGUGGCAAAUCGUGUGAGUGACAAACUUACGCCUCUUCACGAUCGAAUUUACUGUUGUCGUUCGGGUUCUGCAGCCGAUACGCAAGCAUUAAGUGACUAUGUGAGUUACUAUUUAAGCUCUCAUAGUGUUGAGCUUGGUCGUCUUCCUAAAGUUGGUACUGCUUCGAAUCUAUUUCGUUCGUUGUGUUACUCGAACAAAGAUCGUCUCUUAGCGGGAAUUAUCGUGGCUGGAUGGGACCCUAUAAAGGGAGGUCAAGUGUUUUCAAUUCCUAUUGGUGGAGCAAUGGUCGAACAGGAUUUUGCCAUUGGUGGAAGUGGUUCAACGUACAUUUACGGCCUUGUGGAUGCCGAAUACAGGCCGGACAUGACCAAGGACGAGUGUCAGAAGUUUGUCAAGAAGGCACUGGCUCAUGCAAUGGCACGUGAUGGAAGCUCGGGUGGAGUCAUUCGAACGGUCACGAUCACAGAAAACGAAGUCGUGCGGGACUUUACGAGUGGUGACGAGCUUCCGUUCUCGAUCUAG